UCGAGAGGAACAAGAAGAAGAAAUGGCUGGAGAAGGAGAGACUCACCUGCACGACCUCCCGGAGGCGAUACUGAGCAACUUGUUCGCGCUGGUAGAGGACACGAGGACGCGCAACCGCAUGGCGCUGGUAUGCCGCAGGUGGUACACCCUGGAGCGCUUCACCCGCUCCUCCCUCUGCCUCCGCGGCAACGUCCGCGACCUCUUCCUCCUCCCCACCUGCUUCGCCUCCGUCACCCACCUCGACCUUUCCCACCUCUCCCCUUGGGGCCACCCCUUCCUCCUCCACCACCACCACCACCACCAACGCGAACAUCCCACCGCCGAGGAGCAGCAGCAGCACCACCUCAUCGCCCUCCUCCUCUGCCGGGCCUUCCCCAACCUCACCUCCCUCACCGUCUACGCCCGCCACCCUUCCACCCUCCAGGCCCUCGCCCCCCAGUGGCCGGCUCUCCGCCACGCCAAGCUCGUCCGCUGGCACCAGCGGCCCCCCCACCACCCCCAUGGCGCUGACCUCGCCCCGCUCCUCGCCGCCUGCCCGUCGCUACACUCGCUUGAUCUCUCCCAAUUCUACUGCUGGGCCGAGGACGUGCCUCCAGCCCUCCACGCCUUCCCGGCCACCGCCGCCUCCCUCGUUCGCCUCGAUCUCCUCAGGCCCGUCGCCGAGGGCUUCCGGGCCAGCGAACUCGUCCCCAUCUCCGCCGCCUGCCCCAACCUCCGCUACCUCCUCGCUCCCUGCGUCUUCGAUUCCCGCUACAUCGACUCCGUCGGCGACGAGGCCCUCGUCGCCGUCGCCACAAACUGCCCCCGUCUCUCCCUCCUCCACCUCGCCGACCCCUCUGCCGUCUUCCCUGCGGCCCACGCCCCCGACGCCGAGGGCUUCGCGCCGCAAGAUGCCAGGAUCACCGCCGCGGGCCUCGAGGUCCUCUUCGCCGCCCUCCCGCUACUCGAGGACCUCGCGCUCGAUCUGUGCCAGAACGUCAGAGACGCGGGGCCGGCAUUGGAGACCCUCAGCGAAAGAUGCCCCCGGAUAGAGUCACUCAGGCUGGGGGGGUUCCAUGGCGUCUGCCGGGGCGCCGGGCUGCGCUUGGAUGGGGUGGCCGUCUGUGGCCGGCUGGAGUCCUUGUGCAUCAAAAACUCGGCCGAUCUCACGGAUGCCGGCUUGGUGGCGAUCGCCCGGGGUUGCUCGAGGCUGUCCAAAUUGGAGAUCCAUGGCUGCAAGAGAGUUACCGAGUCCGGGCUGAAGAAGAUGACCGGCAUGCUUCGUUGGACCCUCGUGGAUAUCGGCAUCUCCCGCUGCGAGCAUCUCGAUGCCCCCCACUCCUUGCGAGCUGUGGAGCCAAUUCGCGACCGAAUCAAGCGCCUCCACAUUGAUUGCAUCUGGGCCGGGCAGGAGCUCGAACACUUGCCUGAUAGUUCGUUGGCAGCAGCUGGGGAUGACUUGGAGUGGAAUGAGUUGGAGCAGGAUAUUGAGCUGGAGGCGAGCGAAGAAUCCGAUGCUGUCUUCAUCGACUUCCUGGACGUAGAGGAUAGUCCUGGUGAUAGCUUGACGAUGAUGUGUAGGCGCUCGGAAGCAGCAGGCGACCAUAGGGCUGGCAAUAGUUGUAGCAGAAAUGGAAUUGGGGCUUUUUGGUGCAGGGAAUGGAAGCAGCUGCGCCACCUCUCGCUAUGGGUGCCUGCUGGAGAAUUGCUGAUUCCUCUGGUAGAUGCUGGACUGGAUAGCUGCCCAGAGUUAGAGGAGAUAUGUAUCAAGGUCGAAGGCGACUGCCGGACAUGCCCGAUGCCAUCCCAGGAGGUAUUCGGAUUAAGCUCCCUCGCUUGCUAUCCCAAGCUUUCAAAGAUGAAGCUCGACUGCAGGGAUGUGGUUGGUUAUGCUCUGACCGCACCCACGGGUAGGAAGGAUCUGAGCUCAUGGGAGAGGUUUUAUCUCCAUGGGAUGGGAGAUCUGAAUCUUUGCGAUCUCGACUACUGGCCACCGCAGGACAGGGAUGUGAACCUGAGGAGCCUCUUCCUUCCAGCAGCCGGCCUGCUACAGGGGUGCAUCACCCUGCGCAAGUUGUUCAUCCAUGGUACCGCCAACGAACACUUCAUGAGGUUUUUCCUGGCGAUGCCCAACCUUAGGGACGUGCAGCUGCGAGAAGACUACUAUCCAGCGCCGGAGUAUGAUAUGAGCACGGAGAUAAGAGUUGACUCCUGUAGUCGCUUCGAGGACGCUUUAAGGAGACGCCCCGUUCCUGACUGAUUAUACAAGAAAUAAAGCCGUCCACUCCCACCAGUGUGGUAGAUAAUGAUAUCAUCAAAUAUCAUGUAAAUUUUCAAUUUUCUUAUGAAUAGUUAAUUGCAGUGCCGGACCUGAGUGAUCUAGAGCAGUCUGAGAUUCUGUCCCGGCAACCUUUUAAUAAUGGUUCUUCAAGUAAUCAUUGGCAAUUUCCA